UCUCUUUACAAGUAAUGCCAAAUUGCCAAUCCCAGAUGAGCUGUGGCACACCUACUGUUGUGUGAGAGAGAAACCAGUGAGUGAGAGAUAGAGAGAUACGGGGAAUCUACACACACAGAAAACACACACUCUUACACACAUAAAGGGGUGAGAGGAACCCCCAUUCUCUGUUUCUUUGAAGUGCAGGAAGAGGGUCUUUGAGAGAAUCUAUACACACACUCACACCACUUAAAGGGGUGAUCGGAACCCCCCAUUCCUCUGUUUCUUUGGAGUGCAGGAAAGAGGGUCUUUCUAGAGAAAAGGCAAGAAAAUGGAGAAAGCUUUGGUAAAAGUGGGAAGCCUAAAAGCAGGCACGUUUUGGGUUUCCAAGAAAGCCAAAGAAGAGAUCUCCAACAUCUCACAAGACCUCUCUACGUUCUCCAACACUGUGGAAGAGAAGGCAAAAUGGAUUUUCAACAAGCUCAAAGGGAAGCCGCUGAAAUCCUUGCCCGAUCUCCUCAGAGAAAACAAUCUUCCUCCAGGUCUUUUUCCUCAGAACAUAACAUGUUACGAAUUCGAUGAGUCAAAGUCCAAGCUCAUAGUCUACUUGCCGUCUCCCUGUGAGGUAUGCUUCAAGGACGCAUCCGUUAUAAGGUACUCAACUCGUGUCAAAGCCACGUUGUCAAGGGGAAAGCUCUCUGGAAUCGAGGGAAUGAAGACCAAGGUCCUGGUGUGGGUCAAAGUCACCAGUGUCAACGUCGAAAGCUACAAGUCUGAUAAAGUGUGGUUCACCGCCGGGGUGAAGAAGUCAAGGUCGAAAGACGCAUAUGAAAUGCCUCGUGAUGCCGUCCGGGUCGAGGAAUUUUGAGAUGAAAUCUCCGGUAACGUUCUAUUAGCUUGAUGUUGAUAUAUCUUUGUAUCUGCCCGCUCUGCUGAAUCUUGAAAAUUCAUUAGUUUGUUGGGAAGAAAUAAUACAUUUAUAUAUGCUCAUAUGAUUGAUAUUGUUUAGCUGUGAAUUGUGAUCGAUAGACUAUUCUUUCUUCUUUAUUGAUGUAUGAGAGGCUGAACUUAGCAUAAUUGUUUGAUAUUUCA